UUCAGCCACUGAAACCAAACCAGUACCAGAAUGAACUCCUUAGUCUUUGUUGCUCUCUUGGCCGUCUUUGCUGCUGCUAACGCAGGUGUACUGACAGGCGCUCCUUUGAUAUCUGCCUAUGGCGCUGCACCCGUAGUAUCAGCUUACUCUGCUCCUUUGGUUGGCGCUGGCUUAGUCGGCGAACAAACCGUAGUCGCAGGACCCUCAGGAACUAUCGCCACCGGAAGAACUCUUGGCGCCCCCGCCUUUGCGGCAUACGCCGCUCCCGCUGUGGCUGCCUACAGCUCUCCCAUUGUGUCCUCUUAUGCCGCCCCCGCAGUUGUCGCCCGCACCAUCUGGUAGGCGUAGGUUUUGUAAUAGUGGCUGAUUGUUUUACAAAAUAAAUUAUUGGUUCCUAAACUCAA